UAAACAAAAAUCAACCCAACAUUUCAAUAAAAAAGAAAGCCCAAUUUACAAAAUCACCAAACUUUAUUGAAGCUUCGUCGUAUUCAUCUUGUAUCUUUUUGGUGAAGAAAGUGGCUCAUCUCCUUCCUCUUAUCUUGACUUCCUGCAAUCGAGAGGAGAGAGAAAGCAAGCAAUUUUGAGGAGAGAGAAAGCAAGCAAUUUGAAAGCUAAAAGGCAGCCAUGGCAGGUGUUGCAGGAGGAGUAGGUAUCACAUGGCCAUCAAAGCUUUCCGCCAUUAAACCAUCUUCUUCCAAAUCUAAGCACCCUUUUCGCUCCCAUUCUACUCUUGUUGUUAAAAUGACUGUUUCUGUUGAUGAGAAGAAAAAGACUUACACCCUUCAAAAAUCUGAAGAAGCGUUUGCUAAAGCCAAGGAGUUGAUGCCUGGAGGUGUAAAUUCCCCUGUCCGUGCCUUCAAGUCAGUUGGUGGACAGCCUAUAGUGGUAGACUCUGUCAAGGGUUCUCACAUGUGGGAUAUAGAUGGCAAUGAGUAUAUUGACUAUGUUGGCUCAUGGGGACCAGCUAUUAUUGGUCAUGCUGACGAUGAGGUACUUGCAGCCCUGGCGGAAACUAUGAAGAAAGGGACAAGUUUUGGUGCUCCUUGUCUUCUUGAGAAUACUCUGGCUGAGUUGGUGAUAUCAGCUGUUCCGAGCAUUGAAAUGGUCCGAUUUGUAAACUCAGGUACGGAAGCAUGUAUGGGUGUUCUCCGUCUGGCCCGUGCGUUCACUGGCAGACAGAAGAUUAUCAAGUUUGAGGGUUGCUACCAUGGCCAUGCAGACCCAUUUCUUGUGAAGGCAGGAAGUGGUGUUGCUACUCUAGGGCUUCCAGACUCUCCAGGUGUACCAAAGUCUUCCACCUCAGACACCCUAACUUCUCCAUAUAAUGACAUCGAAACUGUGAAAAGUCUCUUUGAGGCUAACAAAGGAGAAAUUGCUGCCAUAAUCCUAGAACCUGUUGUCGGAAACUCAGGUUUUAUUCCUCCAAACCCUGGCUUCCUUGAAGCCCUCCGGGAAAUCACCAAAGAAAAUGGAACUCUCUUGAUCUUCGAUGAAGUUAUGACUGGAUUCCGUUUAUCUUAUGGUGGUGCACAAGAGUACUUCAAGAUUACGCCUGAUCUUACAACACUGGGGAAAGUCAUAGGUGGUGGUCUUCCUGUUGGUGCUUAUGGAGGGAGAAGGGAUAUUAUGGAGAUGGUUGCACCUGCUGGACCAAUGUAUCAGGCUGGUACUCUCAGUGGAAACCCAUUGGCAAUGACUGCUGGGAUACAUACACUCAAACGAUUGAUGCAACCAGGAAGCUAUGAAUACUUGGACAAGAUUACUGGUGAACUUACGCAAGGACUCCUUGAUGCUGGGAAGAAGGCUGGGCAUGCAAUGUGUGGUGGAUAUAUCAGGGGAAUGUUUGGGUUUUUCUUCACUGAUGGGCCUGUAUACAGCUUUGAGGAUGCAAAGAAAAGUGACACUGCAAAGUUUGGCCGUUUCUACAGGGGAAUGUUAGAGGAAGGAGUCUACUUUGCCCCUUCACAGUUUGAAGCUGGAUUUACUAGCUUGGCUCAUACUACUGAAGAUAUUCAACAAACAAUAGCAGCAGCUGAGAAGGUUUUCCGAGAGAUAUAGGACGCUGAAUCUUUACCUCGUGGUCUUCAGUUUUGUAGCUUUGUUUAGUUGAUAACCUGUUUCAGACAUUGCUUCUAAUAAAUGUGGUUGUAUUUUCUAUUAUCCUGUUGUCUCUCUUGUAAGUUGUAUUUUCUAGUGUAUCUUCUUAAUAUUUGUAAUCAAUAGUUAAGUUUAUUUGCCAAUGUUCUCUUGAAUCCUUAUCAUUGAAGGAAGUCAUGUAUGUAACUAAUUGAAAAGAGAAAAUAGUUGUUUAAUCUAAAAACUUUAUAGAGAUGAGAAGUUGGGUUUUA